UCGCUGGCCGUGGUAUCACAGAACAAGUUGUUCUGUGGUGGUAUACUCGUGUGUCGCACCGCCGUCCGCCGAACCGCCAUCGACGGCACGCUGAGAAUCGCUGCUCCUACGACCUACGCCGAUUUCGCUGCCGCAACUUACACGUACGGACGGCGACUAGGUGAGCAAAUAUUAUCACAAACUAACAAGAGAUAAACUAUACACAGUAGCCAGUUGAUAGUAGUUAUGACCUAGUAUUUAUUUUAAAAGGAGCUGUAAACAUUCUAGGUGUUAGGUAUGUCGUUGAAAGAAAUGGAUACCAUUCAGGCUUCAUCUUGUGAAAAUAACCUAAAGCAAGUUCUGAAAUCAAAUAAAUGUGAACCAACUAAUUUUAGAAAUGACUCUCACUUUGUGAGAAUACUAGAAAAUUUACAAUCUCUACGCAAAAAUGAAGUUUUAUGUGAUGUCAGAUUUGAAGCUGAUGAUGGUAAAAUUGUAAUUGGACAUAAAAAUGUUUUAGUAGCGGCUAGUCCAUAUUUCCGUGCAAUGUUUACUAAUUUUGAUGAAAGCAAUAAAGAUCUUAUUAAUAUAAGAGAAUUGGAUUCCACCAUUUUACAACUAUUAGUAGAUUAUAUCUAUAGUGGAGAAAUUAUGGUCACAAAAGAAAAUGUUCAGGUGUUGUUACCAGCUGCAAAUGUAUUGCAGUUAGAUUAUGUAAAUAGUGUAUGUGCUGUGUUUUUACAAAAACAAAUGGAUCCUUCAAAUUGUCUUGGUAUCAGAGCAUUUGCAGACUUACAUAACUGUACAGAUUUGUUGUUGAGUUCUGAAGCAUAUAUUAAACAACAUUUUUUAGAAGUAGUUAAAGGCGAAGAUUUUCUAUCCUUAUCUUCUGAAGAUUUAGUGAAGCUUAUUUCGUCUAAUGAUCUUGCUGUUCCAUUCGAAGAAAAAGUAUUUGAAUGUGUUAUCGAAUGGGUAAAACAUGAUUUGGAUCGUAGAAAAGAUUUUUUGCCAAAAUUAAUGGACCAUGUACGUUUGCCAUUAUUAAAGCCUGAUAUAUUAUUUAAUAUAUCUAGAGAACCACUUCUAAGCAAUAGUUCAAAAUGUAACGAUUAUAUAAUCGAAGCUUUUUAUUUUAAUCAUAAAAAGUCAAUUCAGCAAUUCACCAUACCAAAAUCAAUUAGGUUUAAGCCUAGACAGUUUGGUGGUUUUCAAAAAGUUAUUUUAAUGUUAAAUGAGUCUGAGACAUCUCCAAAGUGUUAUACAGAAUGGUAUGACCCAGCAACCAAACUACGUGAGAAUGCACCAGGGAUAAAUGAUUGUCGUGAGACAGCUGGCUUUGGCGUAAUAAGUGAUCAAUUUGUCUUUGUUGUGGGAGGUGGAAAUAUAUCAAGUUCUAAAUCUGUUAGUAUGCUUGACGUAUGUUCACAUUCGCCCACUUGGGUCCCAAUGGUCGACAUGUUAAUUAGUCGAAGAUUAUUGGGAGUUGGGAUAUUGAAUGAUUGUAUAUAUGCAGUUGGUGGACGUGACGACACCGGCUUAUUAAAUAGUGUAGAGGUAUUUGAUGUGACUGUUCAAAAAUGGCAAAUGGUUUCGAGUAUGUCAAUUGAGAGAAGUAGUUGUGGUGUUGGUGUUUUCAAUAAUCAUUUAUAUGCGGUUGGAGGUUUUAGUGGUAAAAAUUUGAAAUCUGUGGAAUAUUAUGAUCCCUCACUUGACACAUGGACCCAAGUUGCAGAAAUGUCAGUAUGUCGUAACGGUGUUGGUGUAGGAGUCUUGGGCGGUCUGAUAUAUGCUAUUGGUGGCUAUGAUAGUGGAAAGUAUCUUAAAAGUGUUGAGGUUUAUAGACCAAGUGAUGGAGUUUGGUCAUCUGUAACUGAUAUGCAUUUCUCUCGAUACAGGCCUGGAGUAGCUGUAUUCGAUAGUUUAUUGUAUGUUUUUGGAGGAGAAAGAGAAUCAUCUAUUGUUGAUACAGUAGAAAUGUACAACCCCAACACUAAUACUUGGACCAUUGAGACAUUGUCAAGAAAUGGAGUACGAAUUUAUGGUGGACUAGUUGUUGAUAGACCACCAAAUUUUAUUACCUAAUCGGCUUACAUAAUGGUUUCAUUGUUGGUAGUAUUAUAAACAUAUUUAUGUAUAAUUUAAAUUGAUGAUUUACACAUUAAAUAAAUAAGCUAUUAUGUUAA